CAAUCACAUCACAGCACCGUAGGACACCGCCAAGAUUAGUUUGAUGGCUAACUCAACAAUAUAGCUGGGCUUGUAGUGGCUCUGCUAGCUAACCUCUAUAGCGAGCUAGCUAGCCUGUUUCACACCACCACCACCAGCACUAAACUUCACCUGAAACGACUGUUUACGACCUCUAAAGUAACAAUAAAUCCAAAAACUUAUAAUGACGACAGGAAGUGUGGAAACAUAGCUGAGGGAAAGGAGACCAGAAGCCGAGACGUGCAGCAGAGAAGACGCUCUUGCAGCUUCUGCAAGAGCCAAACAUGAUGGCAAGAGAUGGUGGCCUGAAGGAAGCCAGUGGAGAGCUGAAGGUUUUUACCACUCAGAACGUGAGUCCUGGAACAGGUGAGUUCCCACCUCGGAAUCCAGGUGUGCUGUUCGUCAGAGAAGGUGCUGUCGUGUCUCUCGUGACUGUCCAUCCUUCUUCUGUCACCGGAGUGAAGCAGAUAAUGCCUAAAGCACUCGGAGGCCCUGGCGUUAAUGUGCUUUCACAUGUGGUGAUUGGCACUCCUCAGAGGCCCAGUGCUCCUGCUGCUGCCGCUCUGUUAACCAGCCCCAGAACUCCUAGUGCUCAGUUCCUCACGCCACAGACACAGGCGCGAGAGUCUUCACCCUGGUCCAGUGGACGCAGCAGUAGAAGAGGGGACAAGAAUGGGAAAGGCUUGAGACAUUUCUCCAUGAAGGUGUGCGAGAAGGUUCAGAAGAAAGGCGUAACCUCCUAUAAUGAGGUCGCAGACGAGCUGGUGACUGAGCUGAGUUCUGGAGACAACAUCUCUCCCAAUGACGCUCAUGUUUAUGACCAGAAGAACAUUCGGCGGCGGGUAUAUGAUGCAUUAAAUGUCCUAAUGGCGAUGAACAUCAUCUCCAAAGACAAGAAGGAAAUCAAAUGGAUCGGCUUCCCAACUAAUUCUGCUCAGGAGUGCAAGGACCUGGAGGCCGAGCGCCAGCGACGACUUGAAAGAAUCAAGCAGAAACAGUCUCAGCUUCAAGAGCUUAUACUACAGCAAAUAGCCUUCAAGCGCCUGGUGCAAAGGAAUCGCGAGGCAGAGCAGAAGAACCACAGACCUCCUCCCAACACAGUCAUCCACCUCCCCUUCAUCAUAGUGAACACCAGCAAGAAGACAGUCAUCGACUGCAGCAUCUCAAAUGACAAGUUUGAGUACCUGUUUAACUUUGACAACAUGUUUGAGAUCCAUGACGACAUCGAGGUGCUGAAGCGCAUGGGCAUGGCGCUUGGGCUCGACUCGGGCAAAUGUACGCCGGAAAAUCUGAAGAUAGCCCGAACCCUCAUACCUAAAGCGCUGGAACCUUAUGUAACAGAUAUGGCACAGGGAGUCCACAGACAUUCUCAUACAAACAGUGAUAAUGGAGCUGUUGCCACUAUGGCCUCCAGCUCCAACAGCUCGUACCAUGGCAGCUCUCGUGAUACUCCGGCAUCCUUCCUGGAGGACGAGGAAGAGGACGAAGAUGAGGAUGAUGAGGACUUUGAUGAUGAUGAUGAAGAUUAAGUCUUCGCCCUGCUUUCGCCUCAGUCAACACCGCCUACAGCACGGUGGUGUGAUGUAUGUUGUGAUGAGAGGUUUCUGUUUUGUGACCUCUGAAAAUCCUCGUAUGGUUGUAUGUUCUUAGCAACCCUUCACAGUCUGCUGAGCAAAGCGCAGCUGCCUUGUCAAGGAUCUCAGUGGUGCUUUUGAAAUAGUUUUUUUUUUUUUUUUUUUUUUUUUUUUUUUUUAGUAUUAUUUAGUGUUUUUUUGUUUGUUUGUUUUUUUACCACACCCCCUCCUUUUUUUUAACCUCCUCGUCACUGUUUGAUUCUUUUGUAACACUUUUUUUUUUUCAUUCUGUUGGAAGUUAAGACUUCAGUGUGAUCCUCUAGUUGUACUUUAUCCACUGUGACCAUCAAUUUAAAUGGACUUUUCCUGUCCAAAGAUUUGAAUUUGCUUUGAGUUAUUGGAUAGCCAUUUUCCUAACCUUCAGUUUGAUGUGGCAGAUUUUUUUUUGUUGUUUUUUUUUGUUAAACUGUUACUUUUCAUACAGGCAACCGUUUUCUUACCAUAGGUGGGUUUUGGAUUGAACACCUUCCACCAAGUGUCACGUUAUAAUAACAUUUGAUUUGUAAUUACAAACGCAGUGUGUCUAGUUAAGAAAUGAAUAUUAAAUUGUUCCGCAGAUGUUCA